CGACGCCCCGCCCCGUCUCUCCUGCGCCUGCGCUGUGGGCACCGACCGGCCUCAAGCGCCCCGGCGGGAGAUUUUUCUAUGUGAGUGGAGAAGACAGCUAUUACCAGGGAAGUCAUACAACACUUUUUUAGGAUGUCUGAAGAUGAAGAAAAAGUGAAAUUACGCCGUCUAGAACCAGCUAUUCAGAAAUUCAUUAAGAUAGUAAUCCCAACAGACCUGGAGAGGUUAAGAAAGCACCAAAUAAAUAUUGAGAAGUAUCAAAGGUGCAGAAUCUGGGAUAAGUUGCAUGAAGAGCAUAUCAAUGCAGGACGUACAGUUCAGUAUUAUUUUUCAGACAGCACAAGUCUCUCCUCCUUUAUGAAGCCUACCUGGAUCCUUACUCAACUCCGAUCCAAUAUCCGAGAAAUUGAGAAACUUUGUUUGAAAGUCCGAAAGGAUGACCUAGUGCUUCUGAAGAGAAUGAUAGAUCCUGUUAAAGAAGAAGCAUCAGCAGCAACAGCAGAAUUUCUUCAACUCCAUUUGGAAUCUGUGGAAGAACUUAAGAAGCAAUUUAAUGAUGAAGAAACUUUGCUACAGCCUCCUUUGACCAGAUCCAUGACUGUUGGUGGAGCAUUUCACACUACUGAAGCUGAAGCUAGUUCUCAGAGUUUGACUCAGAUAUAUGCCUUACCUGAAAUUCCUCAAGAUCAAAAUGCUGCAGAAUCAUGGGAAACCUUAGAAGCGGACUUACUUGAACUUAGCCAACUGGUCACUGACUUCUCUCUCCUAGUGAAUUCUCAGCAGGAGAAGAUUGACAGCAUUGCAGACCAUGUCAACAGUGCCGCUGUGAAUGUUGAAGAGGGAACCAAAAACUUGGGGAAGGCUGCAAAAUACAAGCUGGCAGCUCUGCCUGUGGCAGGUGCACUCAUUGGAGGAAUGGUAGGGGGUCCUAUUGGCCUCCUUGCAGGCUUCAAAGUGGCAGGAAUUGCAGCUGCACUUGGUGGUGGGGUGUUGGGCUUCACAGGUGGAAAAUUGAUACAAAGAAAGAAACAGAAAAUGAUGGAGAAGCUCACUUCCAGCUGUCCAGAUCUUCCCAGCCAAACUGACAAAAAAUGCAGUUAAAAAACAAACUUCAAUAUUAUUGGUGCCAACAUGUCUAUCCUAAUGAGGACCUUUGCUGCUGUUGGACACUCCAUCACCUUUUGAAACACAAGUAUAUCAAGAUAGUGGCUACUGAUGUUCAAAUGGGAUUGAAGUGUGAUAAGCGGAUAUAUUUUGUUGUUUGCUGGGGUGUUCAUGGAGAUGUUAGAGAUCGAGGCCCUGGGCUGAGGGUGUAUAAUGUAUAUGUUAGGUAAUGUUUGAAGACUGCCAAGGAACAGAUUUUCUCCCUGGAAAUGUGAAAACUGAACCUAUAACUCUGAUAAGGACUUGAGAUGUGUAGAAACGUUGGGCUAUGGAAGACUAGUUUCUUCCAUAACCCUGAAUUGGAGACCUUAAGGCUAAGUGUAGAUUACCGAGGUUUGUUAGCAAGGAAAAGAAUAAGAGUUCGGGAGCCUUUGUUAUCAGAUGCGGAAAUAACGGCCUAGUGAGGAGUACAGGUGGACUACAUAGUGGAGUCAAUUGGCAAACCCUAUUGCAGUUUGGUCCAACUAUAUUUUCUGGUGAAGGAAAUUAAUGAUGUAAGAAAAUGAAAGAGGCUCAACUUCUCUUCCAGAUAUCUUCAUUUGUGACACUGGCUUCUGAACUCUUCCUCUGCCUCUCUUUAAAUAAAUAACAUAAUUUCAAGUGAUAGGAGACUUAUGAAGCCAGUUAUCAAGCUUGCUUUGUCAGCCUGUCUCCUAACACGUUAAAGAUCUUAUGCUCUGUGCCAUCCCUCCCUUGUCAUUAUGAAGUUCUUUGGUUUCUGGGGUGAAUUCUACCCAUGUAUAAUGAGGAAUUCUCUCAUAACACAUUUUGUCUUGUCUCUCAUCUCUGUUCAUCCCUUCCUAUAACCUCUAG